GAGGGAGGGGUCCUCCUGCGGGUAGCCCGAGGCUGAGGAGGCUGUGGAACCUGGGGUGAGAGUGGGAACGUGAGGUGAGUGGAGCUGAAGGAGGGGACACGCUGCGGGGCGCCCCAGUCUAUGGAGCGGGGAAAGAUGGCGGAGGCGGAGAGCCUGGAGACAGCGGCGGAACACGAGCGGAUCCUGCGGGAGAUCGAGAGCACCGACACGGCCUGCAUCGGGCCCACGCUCAGGUCUGUCUAUGAUGGUGAGGAACAUGGAAGAUUCAUGGAGAAGCUUGAAACUCGCAUCCGCAAUCAUGACCGAGAAAUUGAGAAAAUGUGUAACUUUCACUACCAGGGCUUUGUGGACUCUAUAACUGAACUGCUGAAAGUGAGAGGAGAAGCCCAGAAACUCAAAAAUCAAGUGACGGAUACUAAUAGAAAACUACAACAUGAGGGAAAGGAACUGGUAAUAGCAAUGGAAGAGCUGAAGCAGUGUCGACUACAACAGAGAAAUAUUUCUGCCACUGUUGAUAAAUUAAUGCUGUGUCUUCCAGUCCUGGAGAUGUAUAGUAAACUGAGGGAUCAGAUGAAAACUAAAAGGCAUUAUCCUGCACUGAAAACUCUGGAACAUCUAGAGCAUACCUAUCUCCCUCAAGUAAGCCACUAUCGAUUCUGCAAGGUGAUGGUGGAUAACAUCCCCAAGCUGCGAGAAGAAAUUAAGGAUGUCUCUAUGUCUGAUCUCAAAGACUUUCUGGAGAGUAUCCGCAAACAUUCAGACAAAAUUGGAGAGACUGCCAUGAAGCAAGCCCAACAACAAAGAAACCUGGAUAACAUCGUCUUGCAACAACCCAGAAUAGGAAGCAAGAGAAAGUCUAAGAAAGACGCAUAUACAAUUUUUGAUACAGAGAUAGAAAGCACUAGCCCCAAGUCUGAGCAGGACUCAGGAAUUCUGGAUGUUGAAGAUGAAGAAGACGAUGAAGAGGUACCUGGGGCCCAAGAUUUGGUGGAUUUCUCUCCUGUUUAUCGAUGUCUACACAUAUAUUCUGUCCUGGGUGCCCGGGAAACAUUUGAGAACUACUACCGAAAACAGAGGCGAAAACAGGCCCGUUUGGUGCUCCAGCCUCCAUCUAACAUGCAUGAAACAUUAGACGGCUACAGGAAGUAUUUUAAUCAAAUCGUAGGCUUUUUUGUGGUUGAAGAUCAUAUUUUACAUACGACCCAGGGCCUAGUAAAUAGAGCCUACAUUGACGAACUAUGGGAAAUGGCACUUUCCAAAACCAUUGCCGCACUCCGCACUCACUCGUCUUACUGCUCUGAUCCAAACCUCGUGUUAGAUUUGAAGAACCUCAUUGUGCUUUUUGCUGAUACACUUCAGGUUUAUGGUUUUCCUGUAAAUCAGCUCUUUGACAUGCUGUUAGAAAUCAGAGAUCAAUAUAGUGAAACUCUGCUAAAGAAGUGGGCAGGUAUUUUCAGAAAUAUACUUGAUUCUGACAACUACAGUCCUAUACCAGUAACAAGUGAAGAGAUGUAUAAAAAGGUGGUAGGACAAUUCCCAUUCCAAGAUGUAGAGCUGGAAAAGCAACCAUUUCCAAAAAAGUUUCCUUUCUCUGAAUUUGUGCCAAAAGUUUACAGCCAAAUUAAGGAAUUUAUCUACGCCUGUCUGAAAUUUUCAGAAGAUCUUCAUCUAAGCUCAACUGAAGUUGAUGACAUGAUUAGAAAAUCUACAAACCUGUUGCUAACCAGGACUCUGAGCAACUCUCUGCAGAAUGUCAUUAAAAGGAAGAAUAUUGGACUUACUGAGCUUGUCCAGAUUAUCAUCAAUACAACACACUUGGAGAAGUCCUGUAAGUACUUGGAAGAAUUCAUCACCAAUAUCACUAACGUGCUUCCAGAGACAGUCCAUACCAGCAAGCUCUACGGCACCACAACUUUUAAGGAUGCCAGACAUGCAGCUGAAGAAGAGAUUUAUACCAACUUGAAUCAAAAGAUUGACCAGUUUCUACAGUUGGCCGACUAUGACUGGAUGACAGGAGAUUUGGGCAACAAAGCUAGUGACUACCUUGUAGACCUCAUUGCUUUUCUGCGUAGCACCUUUGCUGUAUUCACGCACCUUCCUGGAAAGGUUGCUCAGACAGCAUGCAUGUCAGCUUGCAAGCAUUUAGCCACGUCCCUGAUGCAACUUCUGCUGGAAGCUGAAGUGAGGCAGCUCACCUUGGGAGCACUGCAGCAGUUCAAUUUGGAUGUCAGAGAAUGCGAACAGUUUGCCAGAUCCGGCCCGGUGCCUGGGUUCCAGGAGGACACGCUGCCGUUGGCCUUCAUCGACUUGAGACAACUUUUGGAUCUCUUUAUCCAGUGGGAUUGGUCAACCUACCUUGCCGACUAUGGUCAGCCCAACUGCAAGUACCUCCGUGUAAACCCAGUGACAGCUCUGACCCUGCUUGAGAAGAUGAAGGACACUAGCCGCAAGAACAACAUGUUCGCACAGUUUCGUAAAAAUGAGCGAGACAAACAGAAAUUGAUUGACACCGUGGCCAAGCAGCUCCGCGGACUCAUCAGCAGCCACCACUCGUGAGGGCUGCCCUGAGCCCCCAGCGGCUGCUCGCUGCAGCCCCAGAGUCCGGGCCCGCCCGGCUGGCCCUGCGUUUGUGCAUUCUUCCUCAAAGAGAGAAAAUGUAUUUUUUUAAUAACCUGUGUACAGUAUCCAUAUAACCCUUCCCUACAGUAAUAGAGGCCGAGUAAGCAAGUGUAGGAGAUAUUGCUGGGCAGGGACUCAGGAGUUAUUACUACACUCUCUGCGUCAUCCCAGAGAUGCUGCUGUCACCAGUCCCCGUGUGAGGAACUGCCUUUCACCGUGGCUCUGGAGCUUCGGUCUGGGGCUCAGGCACUACACAGACAAAAUGAGUACUUGGCACCGGGAGGUGAGGUGAGCAGGCGAAAGAAUGAUACAGUGCAUCUUGUUCACUCCCGGGCACCCCACUCACCGCCUGGGUGAGGCCGAUUUUUCUCAAUGCAAGGCAAGGGCCUGGCAGACAUCACUGUUUAGUGUGCUGAAGGCCACACACAGUUCUGGAGGGGCAUCUCCUCAGUCCACUGACUCUCACGAGCUGGUGACAAGCAUGGCAUGUGGCAAGAUGACAACCUCACUCCAGUCUCCACGAUGGCAGGUUCUUUAGCCUAGAUCUGACUCGAUGCCUUUGCUGCUAGUUUUCCUGUGGCAGGAUAGAGCUGAGCAUGCAGUGGACCCCAUGGCUAACUGUAGGUGCCUCCACGCUAGGAGGCCAGUGUGGAUGGGAUCGGAGCCCCAGCCCCUUCUCCGUUUCUCUCAUUUCCUCCUUUCAGGGUCAAGGCCCUUGGCUCUGGGCAUCGGUCAACAGUUACUUCCAUGGGUCCUCACAGAGUCUCGGACUUGCCCCCUCCGUCAGUGUCAUUGGGACAGGUCAGAUUCCAGGAGCCUAAAAACAGCCCUUACUUUACCCUUAGGUAAAACCUGAAGAUUCCGUGCAAUUGUUCCUUUGUGGUUUAAAAUCAGCUUUCUGGCCACCAUCUUUAAAGGAAAUGUCCCCAGCUCUGCACUGUGGGGGCAGGCACAGCUGGACCGGAUGCCUCCAGUGAUGGAGCCAUUGUCACCAUGAAGUAGCCUGGGCCAACCAUGGCUAUGGUCUGUUGCCUGUGCCCAGCUGCCCCUCACUAAGUCAUAUCCUGGAUACGGAGCUCCUGCUCAGGGCCACAGCUCCUGUCCCCUUCUGAGAUCCCCAUAGCCAUCUUUUGGCCUUGUCUGAGCAAGAUUGUCUUUCAUCCUAUCCUCCAAACCCUGGAGUCUGCACAGGGAUCCUGGACCAGCUCGCUUGGAGACUGUCCACUGUGCCAGAUGCUCCUGAGACUUAAUGCAGGGGCUGUGCUAUGAGGUCACUCAGAGGAGCCUGCUCUUUAAGACACUUCCGGAAGAUGCUAUGAUGGCUCCUGGCAAGAGUAUAAUUGUGCAUCACCAAACAAUUACAAUUGAGACACACAGGUAUUUCCAGCUUGGGUUAGUGGGAGGAGACACUCAUCAAACAGAAUUCUUCACCUCCUUUGUCGGCCGCUGAGUUGCCUCUGGGGAGGGCAGUGCUGCUUUUUCAUGCCCCACCCCUGGCCCCUCCUUAACUCAUCACAACCGGAACCCACAGGGAAGAGAAUCUGCACAGACGUGCAGCCUCCAAACCAGAGCGACCGGGCUGCACGCGCCCCGGCAGAUGCCUCGGGAGGCUCACCUGGGGCUCCGCGGCCAGCAGGGUCUUAGGGUGAGGACUGACCCAGAACUUCAGAAGUCAAGGGAAAGCAGGGCCCCAUGGGGAUGAAACCCAGGAUUCCAUCUCCCAAGGCCUGGAUUUUAUUGGAAAAUCGAGGAAUGAUUACACUAAUCUGAAGUCCUAUUGCUUAAAAUGGGCUCAAACCAGCCUCCUUCCCUAGCCCCCUGUUUGCAGCAAGAUCCCAUCAGCUUUGAGCACUGAGACUUUGAGGUGGGAAUGGAGUGAACAUUGAGGGUGUCACAAUUUUUGUCUUUUUGUCAGCAUUGCUGAUCUGGCCUCAGACCUGCACCGUGGAAAACUGCUAGAGAGGAAAAGCGAAUAAUGGGGGAGGGGGAUCAGGGUUGCCCUGCCCCUGGCUCGCAGAUGUCCCUCCAAGAAAAGAGCCUGUUCGAGCUCAAGGCUCAUAAGGGUGGACCCCGUGUAGCUCUCAUCUUCCCUCUCAGUCUCUCAGUCUGCCUCAGUCUUCUGCGAAACCGACAGGCUGCUACUGAGUUGUCUGUGGACACUCCGGGUGGGCAGGGGAAGGUAAAAUCAGGGACCAGCACUGUCCAGGUGGUUUGCAUUGGUAAAGUAGGAUUUUUUAGUUUUGUCCAGAGGCCCCUUGCUGGCCAGCCCUUAAGAGGGCCUGUGCGAAGCAUAUGCCCCUCAGAUCCCUAAGCUCUGGCCUCACAUGCCCAGAGAUAUAGAGGUGCCUGGAGGCCUCAAUAAGAGGCGAGAACAUGGGCAACUGGAAGCCUACCAGCCUCCUAGUUGUCAUGAACCCUUCGCCAAGUUCUUGGGGAAGCCAGGUUCAUGUUCCUGAAAGGACAGUGUGGUUUGGGACCCUGGUGGGUUUCAGUAGUAGCAGAGGGAGCUUGUACAGUUUUAACAUUCUUAGGAAAGUCUCUUUGAGUAGAUUGUAAAUGAAGCUGUUGGUCAGUGGGGAAAACAGUACAUGGAAAUUGGGCCCAGCAGAGUCCCUGUUGGCAAAGGGAACAUAAAGCUUCCAGAGAGUGUUCCCCUGUUUCCGUCGCCUGCCGGGCCUGACAGUCUCCCGGGCCUCACGGCCAGCCUCGCUUCCCUACACACUUGCCACACGCUUGUUCAGCAGGUCCCAGACCCAGGGCCCUUUAUCCCCGAGGCUGGCAUUGGCUAUGACCUUCCUCACAAGGCCCUCGAGUGCAGGCCCUGGGGCCGGCCGCAGGACCCCCAUCUUAGCCUCCCUCCUCGCUGGACCCUGCUCCUGGCUGCUCUAGUCGCCUCCUUCCUUUUUUUGUUUUUAUUUUUUUUGCCUGAGUUCACAAUUCCUUUUCACUCAUGUGUUGGAAGUGGCCUUUUUAUUUUGUACAAAUAGUUGCACAUUUACUGAGGAAAUUUAGGAGAGUCCAUUUUUAACUCUAAAGGGAAUUUUUUAAAAACUCACUAGUAAAGCUGCUGAUGCAGAGGGGCCUCAUGGGUACUGGAAAACCUGUGUGGAAAGAGCAUGUUUAUUUCCUCCUAUACAUUUGCCUCUUUAACUGCUAUUAAACAAGAAAGCCUUGUUCCUGUUUCAGAAGCCA